AUGUCGAAGAGGAAGAAGAAGAUCUCUGCUUGCGAUCGAAAUCCGAAAGACGGAAAGCAGCGGAAAGUUAUCUCAAGCGACCGUCAGUCGAAAUCCGUAAAGGAUAUGCGAAAAGGGCUCAUCAAACGUAAGCGAAUUGAACAGCUGGAAAGAAGCUUGGAUGAAGAGAGGAAACGUAACGCUUCAUUGGUCGACGAAAUGAACAAAAUGAGAGAAGCUCAAGAACUGAACGUCGAGACAGGAAUCGGAAAACCUCAAUCGGAUGCCAGUGGAGAGCUCACUGAACGAAGUACGAUCGAAUUUGAAGGAAUCGGACCUUCCAGUACCCGGCGUGAAAAGGACACUACAGACUUUGAGGAGUCAAAAUUCAUGGCCUCCAUCAAUCAACUUUCGGUAUCUUCCAUUUGCGUGCCCGAGUGCAGACCGGCAAACGAGAAUGAAGAGAUUAGCAGACACACGUUUGAGCAAUGGCGGGACCUCCUAGUGGAUUCAAUGCAGCUUGCGGGUAUUACCGAUGAGGUCACAAAGUAUACCAUAUUUAAAGUGAAGGCUGGCCCACGCCUACUGGACAUUUAUCGGAACGCUAAGGCUGACGAAGCAGCUCCGGAUGCGGAUUUAUUCCCAUUCGCAAACGCUUUAUAUCGACUGAAAUCUUAUUUCGGAUCAGGGUCGGAUAUACUGCUACAGCGACGACGGCUUGCUUUAAUGGAGCAGAAGUCCGAUGAGUCGGAUCUAGCGUUUAUAACACGCGUUGGGACUGCAGCUAGACUUUGCGACUACGGCAAAGAGAAGGAGUUCGAAGAGAUUGUCGGUACAAUAGCGGCGCACGCUCAAAGAAGAGAAGUGCGUACGAUGGCACUAAAGCUUCUGGGUAGGAACGGCACAUUCUCCGACCUGGUAGAUAAGGUCAGAGAAUUGGAGGCCAUUCGCCUCAACGAGCAAUUUUUUUCUCAAAAUCAUGGAUCAAAUAGUGCGGCGGUCGUGGCACCUGUCAGAGCCGACUUUCCGGUGCGCGGAGGCGCUCAGCAAAGAUUUCAAGGAAGAGCAACAUACCAACGAGGUUAUCGCAGCAAUUUCGUAGGCGCCCGGCGUGGAGGAUUUCAGGGAACGUCACGACAAACAAGUGCUCGACCUGGUUUUCGAACGCAACGCAAUAACGAGACACAAGGGACAAAAUGCUGGAGGUGUAACAGCGUUUACCACGUCCCUGCAAAAUGCCAUGCUGUCAAUAAAGACUGUAGAAACUGUGGACAAUUCGGACACAUCCAAAUCGCGUGUCCUUUGCCUCCAGCGGCGGCUAUUAAGGGUUCAGCCAUACGGGAUCAAUUUGCUACUGACUCUAAUCAAAACACGAUUGCAGUGAUUGAGAAAUCAGAGGACACCACAGGGAUUCAAGAAGUAAGUGAAAAAGAUGAACACUAUGCUAAUCCACAGGAUUAAACCCUUGUUUCAGUUGAAAGGUUAUUCUGGUUACCAAUUUCUUUUGUUCUUAAUUUUUCGUAAUAUUCUUUAAUUUACGCUCUACAACAGAACUAAGUAGCUUACGAAAAAAAAAAUGAAAUAGAAUAGUAAGGUACAUCUGAAUUUCAUUGAUAUAAAUUUUGUUUGAUAUAUAUUAACUAGUUAAAAGUAUACAAAAGAGUGAAGAUUCGAAUAUGUCAUU